AUGGAUCUUUCAUUUCAACAUUUAAUGGAUAAUCAAAAUAUACUGAAUACUGAAUCAUCCAUGACAAACAAGUUAAAUAUCUCACAUAUGUCAUCACUUCCAUCAAUACCUGAAGUAUCAUCAACACCAUCGUCGGGGAAACGUCGCUCUAUAUUGUAUGCUAUUUCUAGAUUGAAACAAAUGAAAAUGGCUCGACAAGAAAUGCAUCUUGAAUCCAAUGUUUCUUGUGAUAAUAUUGAUAUUACACCUCCCUUAGCAAAUACACAAACAGGUAACACCAGUGAUAACAAUACAGUAGAAUUGGAUCACACUAACAAUUCAACUCAAUUAAUAACAGUCAUUAAUAAUGACUUAUCAAAGCAAUCAAUUGAUAUUGAUUUCAGUUCUGAUAUUUGUCCUUAUACUUCUUUAUCAUCACAAUUACAACACUUAUCAUCACAAUCAAAUCCUUUACAAUCAUAUAAUUCAUUAUCUGAUGAUAAUACUACUAAUAUUAUUGAUAGUAGUACUAUUCAUCAGAUAAUGUCACCAAAAGAAUCUUCACUUUUAAAUAUUACAUCAUCUACUACUACUACUACUACUACUACUACUACUACUACUACUACUAAUAAUAAUAAUAAUAAUAAUAAUAAUAAUAACAAUAAUAAUAAUAAUAUAAUACAUCAUGACGCUAAUAUUGAUUCUAUUCGAGUUCGGAAUAAUUCAUCAAAAAUAUUUACACAAUGUCUAUCAGAUAGUGAAUCCGAUGAAUAUAUAGACUUAGAUACUGUUGAUGAUAUAACAUGGUCUACAAAGGAUUAUAAUAAAAAUAAGAAGAAUAAUAUAACGAAUAAGAAAAAGAAGAAGGAAUCAAUAAUUAUAAAUGAUCAUCCUUCUGAAUUAACAAUAAUAAAAAAUAAUAAUAAUAAUCCUACCAUAAAACAGAUCCCUCAAUUAUCGAAUAAUGAAAGUAUACGGAAUGAUUAUAUACAAUUAAAUGAAUCUAUCUCUUCGCAUGAAACUAGUCCAUUACAUAGCAAUAUCAUUAAUAAUAAUAAUAAUAAUAAUAAUAAUAAUAAUAAUAAUAAAAUUAUGGAAUCAGAUGAUUAUUGUUGGAUAUGUCAUAAACCUGGUGAAGUUGUUAUAUGUAGUUAUUGUCCAAGAGUGUUUCAUGCAACUUGUUUAUGUGCAACAGAUUUUCCAGAUGUAUGGCUUUGUCCUGAAUGUCAAGAUGUUAUGUUAGCUGAAUGUUCAUUGUAUCAAUUAGAAUCAUGGUGUAAUAUUACCGAAGAUCAAUUGAAACGAAUGUUAUUCUUUCUUUUGGAUCGAUUAUCUAGACAAUCUUGGGCACGAUAUUUUCGUGAACCAGUAGAUUCAACAAUUGUUAAGAACUAUAAAGAAUUAAUAAAGUAUCCAAUUGAUUUACGUACUUUAUAUACUCGUGUUAAAUCAGGUCAAUACUCUUCACCUCAAGCUUUUCUUGGAGAUUUCCGAUGGAUACUUCAUAAUUGUAUCAUAUUUAAUGGUGCCAGUUCUUCUAUUACAUCAUCUGCACGUCUUCUAGAUCGUACAUUUCAUCGUGAGUUUAAUUUGAUGCGUGCUUGUCCAACAUGUUAUCUUAAUCGUAUACCAGCAAUUCAUUUAUUACCAUCGACAACUAGAAAGCUACCUCCAUUAACUGAAGAUGAACCUGAAUCUUAUUUAACUGUAGUUUCAGUACAAUCAUCAUUGUUAUUACCAAAUGAAUCAAAUGCGAUUAUUGAAAAUGAUAGUAUCAGCGUUGUCAAUGGUGUUAACGAUGAAUUCAACAAUAAUACUCCUACUAAUACUACUAGUAAUAAUAACGAAUCCAAAAGUUCGUCAUCAUCAUCAUCGGUAUCUACAUUAGAUCCUUGGUGGUUUUGUAAAUUAUGUGAUGUGAUUCAUCCGAUUGUCUGGGUACGUCUUCAAAAUUAUCCACGUUGGCCAGCCAAAGUAAUUGCACAUGAUGGUAACUUUCUUCUUGUCUCAUUUUUUGGUGAUUAUGAUGUGACUAUUGCACCGAUUGGUUCCGCUAAACUUCAUUCAUCUAGUCAAUCAAAAAGUUUAUCAAAACUAUCUACCAUCACUAUAGAUUCUAUUAAUAAUAAUAAUAAUAAUAUUGACAAAGAAAGUAAAUCUGAUUGUAGUGGUACCAAAUCCAUUACUUCUAUUGAUAAUAAUGAUAUUUCUAAUGAAUCUAGUGUAACUUCUCAAUCUUCCAAGACAACUUCAUCAUCAUUACCUUCAACAUUAACAACAACAACAACAACAAUGGAUCCUAUGGUUAAAGAGAAUUUUCAUAAAGCUGUUGCAGAAUUAAAUUAUCAUCUAAAUUUAAUUUAUCAACGUUAUCCUAAAUUUAAACUACCUAUUAGUCAAUUGAGAUUUACUAAACGUCAUGUUAAAAAAUAUUAUGGCAUCUAUCUUCCAUUCAUUGAAACUCCUUCUCCUACUUCUUCUACAACUGAAACAACAAUAAAUCUCAUUAAUGAUACUAAUUCUAUCAUUGAUAUGAAUCAUACUGUAAAUACAACACAAGUGAUUUGUAAUACAACUUCUCAUAGUAUCAAUACAAUCCCUUCAACAAAUGUUAAUAUUACAACUAAUGAAAAAAUAGAUAAUACAAUUAAAUCAAAUCAUAUACCUUCUACAAAUGAUGUAUAUCGUGAACCAGUUUUAACACGUGUUGCUGCUAGUCUACGUAAUUCACCAAUUAUUACAUCAGAAUCAACAACAUCAUCAUCAACAGUCUUACAAACUUUAUGUCAACCAAUAAUUGAUGUAAAUCCUAUGAAACGUAAAUAUAAUGAUACAACUUCAUCAUCAACAAUAACUAUGGAAUUAGAAAGUAUUAGCUCGGAAGAUAUUCAUGAUACAAUUGAUUAUAAUAAGAAAAAACGUAAAAAGAGUAAACAUCAUCAUUUGAAAAAAAUUACUUUAAAACCAUUAUUAACUGAACAUAAAACAACAACUAUCAUUACCAAUUUGGCCAAUAGUGAUGAGAUCAAUAGUAAAGAUGAUAAUAAUAAUAAUAAUAUGAGCAAUGACAUUACGGUUGUUAUCGAAGAGAAUUCAUUACCCAUUGAAAAUGAUAGUGAACCUAUAGUUCCGUUAACAACAGAUGAAAUACAAUGUGUCUCUGAUAGUAUGAUACCUUCUACUUCAAACACAUCAGACAAUGUACAUACGAUAUUGGAUGAUUUUCGAAAUUCUGUUAAUGAAGCUUUACGAAAAUUACAGGAACAGUUAGCUCCUACAAUAAAUGCUACAGACAAUAUUGGUGUUUAUCCAUUGACUAAUUCAGAACUACCAAAUUUACAUCCAAUUUGUUGUGAUGUUGCAAUACAAACUAAUAAUGAUAUCCAUCUAUUAGAUGAUAGCAAAUCAUUGAAAACUAUAAAUGUGAUCAACGAUACAAAAUCAGUUCAAACCGAUAUAAUCGAAGUAUCUACAGAUCUUUCUAUAUUAAAUGAUUAUAGACCACCAACAUUACAAGAACGUAUGAUGGAAGCAGAAAUUCUUCGUAUGGAACAAGAAGUUCAACGUUUAAAUGUAUUAGUUAGAUAUACACGUGCUGAAAUGGGAUUAGAAAUGCAACGUCGUAUAGGUGAAUUACGUAGAAUAUGGAAUGAUGAACUUAUUGCUAUUAUGGAAGCUGCUAGUAGAAUAUGGGAAUAUGAUGUGAUAAGAAUUGUUGAUAUUGUAAAACGUCGUCAAUGGUGUGCAUAUUGUGGACGUAUAGCCUAUUAUUAUUGUUGUUGGAAUACAUCGUAUUGCAAUAGUACUUGUCAGUCAAAACAUUGGCCUUUUCAUAUGACUUCUUGUGUACAAGUUAAAAGUCAAUUGAAUAAUAAUAAUAAUAAUAAGAAUAAGAAUAAUUUAAAUGGUUCUAUACGUCAUCAUUCUCAAUCACCUAACAUAACCAAUUCAUCUAAUAUCACUGAUCAACAAUCACAUUUCUCUUUAACACAACCAUCGAUUCUUCAACAUAUUCCACAAAAUCAUCCUCAUCAUCACCACCAUCAACAACAAAGAAUGAUUUUACCGAAUACAUCAAAUCCAUCAGUUGGUAUGUAUCGAUUAAACAAUGAUGGUACCUUAUUAACUACCAGUAAUACUUUAUUUCAACGUUCAUUAUCAUCAUCUUGUGUUUUACAAUCUCAACCAUUUAAGAAUUGA